AUGAUGGCCUGCCGCGCUCCGUCGCCCAGGGCGGCGUCAGCCGGUGCGACCGUGGUAUCGCGACACGUUUGUCAGCCUGUUCACGUGCCGGGUAAAAUCAUUUACACGACGCUGCCCAAAAGGGUGGUGUCGGUGACGCGACAGUUUGAAACCCCGCCACGAGCCCAUGGCGCUGCCGCUCGUUCUGUGAGCCGCGCGCCUCCGAAGGAGGUGCGUUCGCGCCCGCCAUGCCCGCCUCUGCCGAUCUUGCUUGGCCGGGAGGCAAGCCCUUUCAAAGAAGAGGGCUCUGAGUGCCGCCAGCCCCGCGAAUCCCGCGAAUCCCGCGAGUCCCGCGCCCGGCGUAGCGGUGGGCGGAGGUCCGGAUUGGAAUCGCUGGAGCGGCAGCGAAAGCCUAAGGAGGAAUUCGAAGCCUCGAGCCCGAGCUCCAACAUGGCCAGCAGUUUACAGCCUGUCUACAGUGUGCAGGAAGGCAUGGCACAGAGGAUGGAGGAUUUCGAGCGACAGCUCGCGAAGGUUGAUGAGCUGGCUUGCCGGAUCGAGGCCAUGGCGAACACGGUGGAGGCAAACAUUGCUUCUACACGUGAGGAAGGCUCCAGCUCGAGCACCACCACCGAUCCCAGCAUGAUACCUGUACAGCCUGUCCUCAGCUUAUUGGAAGGCUUGUCAAAGAGGCUGGAGGAUUUCGAGUUUCGCUUUGCGAAGGUUGAUGAGUUGGCUUGCCGGGUCGAGGCCAUGGCGAACAAGGUGGAGGCAAACAUUGCUUCUACACGUGAGGAAGGCUCCAGCUCGAGCACCACCACCGAUCCCAGCAUGAUACCUGUACAGCCUGUCCUCAGCUUAUUGGAAGGCUUGUCAAAGAGGCUGGAGGAUUUCGAGUUUCGCUUUGCGAAGGUUGAUGAGUUGGCUUGCCGGGUCGAGGCCAUGGCGAACAAGGUGGAGGCAAACAUUGCUUCUACACGUGAGGAAGCCUGGGAAGCUCGAUGGGAGCAGUUGCAGGCCGCGAAUAUCGUGGCUUCUCAGCGCAUCGAGAAUAUCGAUGCCCAGCUGGCACAGCUCCUCGAACGGCCCACCUGCCCGAGCUCAACAGUUUCAGCCGCCGUCCAGACGGAAUCGGAAGAUAAGAACCUGCGCGAGACAGUGGAGAAGCAGGAGUUUCAGCUGCAGCUUGCGGCAGGCGACAAGUUGAUGCUGAAGGACGAGAACAGUAAUUGCCGCAUGAUUGCGCUGGACGCGCUCAAGGAGAAGAACGGGUACAAGGCGGAGCUCGCAGCCGCGCAGAGGCACCUUGGCUUCCUGACGGAAGGGGAGGAGCUGGAGAAUCAGGAGAAUGAGGACCCAGGGCAAGCCAGCACCGAGGCGAUUCUGGAGGACUCUGGGGAGCAGGAGCAGCAAGAAGAGCUACCGCGACCACAUCGUGCAAGCGGGCCUGGCUGGCUGUAUCUCUAUGGAGAGGCACUUAUUCCCCCAGCUGCGGAGGGCCGGAUCAUCCUCAAGAACGAGGACAUGGUGAAAGCGUACACGGCCCACUUCGGGCAAACUCCCACGCCGGAGCAGCUGCGGAAUUGGGUGAAGAACAGCCAUGGACAGGCGAUCUCUUACAAGGAGGCCAGGAACCUGAUAGCCUCCGCCAAGAAAGCGAAGAAGCAAGCGAAGUGA